GGUUUCGGUGGUCUUUUCUUUUGCUUAAUUCAAUGUUUUCAUUCACAAUUACUAUUUGUCUUCUUUCUGAUCCUCCUACUAGGUGUCAUGAACAUGAAAACUCUGCCUUGUUGCAAUUUAAGGAAAGAUUGCUGCUCAUGGGAUGGCAUUCAAUGUGAUGACCACACAGCUCAUGUCAUUAGCAUUGAUCUUAGAAGCAGCCACAUCUUUGGUACAAUAGAUGCUAAUAGCACCCUCUUUCACCUCAAACACCUUCAAACUCUUGAUCUCUCUCAUAAUCACUUCAAUUACUCUCAAAUCCCAUCUAGGAUUGGCGAGCUUUCUCAGUUAAGGUAUCUGAACCUUUCUGACGCUAAUUUUUUUGGCGAAAUCCCACAACAAGUUUCACAUUUGUCCAAGUUACUAUCUCUUGAUCUAAGUAGGUCAUUUUACACGUCUCUAUAUGUAAACAAUCUUUUGAGUUUAAAAAUAUCCACUUUAAGAAGCUUAAUUCAGAACUCAACUAAUCUUGAAAUUAUUCAUCUUGAUUAUGCGACCAUUUCAUCAUCUGCUCCUGAUAUACUCACAAAUCUUACAUCUUUGCAACGACUUUCUCUUUACCGUUGUGAACUAUAUGGGAAAUUUCCAGCGGGAAUAUUCCAUCUUCCAAACUUGAGAUAUCUGAAUUUGGGAAAUAAUCGAAAACUCAUCGGUGGAUUUCCUAAUUUUAAUUCAAGUGCACAAAUUACCAUGUUAGAACUUGCUAUCACAAGUUUCUAUGGUAUACUACCUGCAUCGAUUGGAAAUCUCAAGUCUUUGAAUUGGUUAUCAAUUUCACAAUGCAAUUUUUCAGGGUCUAUUCCUCCUUCUUUCGGAAACCUCACUCAGCUUACGUUUCUAGAUAUUGAAAACAACAAAUUCAAGGGACGUCUUUCUUCAUUCUUGGUAAAUCUUACCAAACUAAGCUCUCUGAUUGUUGGUUAUAAUAAAUUUACUAGUGACAACAUCUCAUGGAUUUGUAAGCUGUCAAGAUUAAAUGAAUUGGAACUUGGCUUUGUAAAUAUUGGCAGUGAGAUUCCAUCAUGUUUUGCAAAUCUCACCCAGCUAUCUGGAUUAUCACUACUUCAAAGUAAUUUAAGUGGACAAAUUCCAUGUUUCCUGAUGAACCUAACAAAUUUAAAUUACAUGAAUCUUGGAUCUAAUCAUCUUCAAGGUGAAAUUUCAAACUGUCUCUUAAAACUUGAGAAGCUAGAAUAUUUUACUGUGGCAUAUAAUUUGUUGGAAGGAGAAUUUGAGCUUGACAAGUUUGUAAUGCUCGAGAGGCUACGUGCUCUUGGAUUAUCUUACAAUAAAUUGUCGCUAAUUAGUGGAAAAAAUCCAUCCAAUGUAAGCCAUUCUCGAAUUCAAAUGUUAGGUUUGCGUUCAUGCAAUUUGAAUGGGUUUCCAAAUUUUAUCCGGGACAUGGUUGAACUGACAUAUCUUUAUAUGUCAGACAAUAAUUUUAAUUCAUUCCCCAAUUGGAUGUGGGGAAAAACAGGUCUUCAAGGUUUAAUUGUUUCCCAUAGCUCAUUGGUAGGAAAAAUAUCCCCACUAAUAUGCAAUUUGAAAUCUCUUGUGCAUCUUGAUUUAUCAUUUAACAACUUAAGUGGCAUGGUUCCCUCUUGUUUGGGAAGUUCUAUCCAAUCUCUACAAACUUUAUCGCUAAGAGGAAACAAAUUGAUUGGCCCCAUUCCUCAGACGUAUUCGAUAAGAAGUGCUUUGAGAGCGAUAGACAUAAGCCAUAACAAUCUGCAGGAUCAAUUGCCGAGAGCAUUAGUCAACUGUAGAAUGCUAGAGUUUAUUGAUGUCAGUCAUAACCAAAUUUAUGAUUCUUUUCCCUGUUGGUUGGGAACUCUUCCGGAGCUGAAAGUUGUUGCUUUAAGUGAUAAUCAAUUUUAUGGAUCUAUAAACUGCCCUACAACUUGUACUUUUCCCAAACUGCACAUCAUUGAUCUUUCUUGCAACCAGUUCUCUGGAAGUUUGCCUUCAAAAACAAUCCAAAAUUGGCAGUCCAUGAUAGCUUCCAACGAGAGUCAAUUACAGUAUGGGGAUUUUCCAACCUAUAAUUUGACAAAUAUAAGGUUCAAUUACUUGAAUUGGAUGAAUGAUAUUUAUCCUUAUACAUUUACAAUGUCUAACAAAGGGGUGGUCAUGGUUUAUGAAGAUCUUCAAGACUUUUACACCUUAUUAGCCAUUGAUCUUUCAAGUAAUAAAUUUUGUGGGGACAUUCCAGAUGUUAUGGGAGACUUAACAGGCCUUGUUUUGCUCAACCUGUCCAACAAUAUGCUUAGUGGCAGCAUUCCUUCUUCCUUAGGAAAACUUUCAAACAUUGAAGCAUUGGACCUUUCUCAGAAUAGUUUAUCAGGGAAGAUUCCCCAACAAUUGGAAGCAUAG